AGUUCCUUAGCGGCUGAUGGUGAAUAGCCACACUGCUGCGGUGACGGGCGGAGGAGCAGACGCCGCAGACGGAGCCAGCCGUGGCACAGGAGCGACAGUUCGUCCCAGUCAGUCCGGUAGAUCUAGCAGCGUUCCGCGUAUCAUCGGGAUCCUCACGGAAGAAACCCCAGAAAGGAAGGGGGGGGAGGGGGGUGGGGGGAUAAGGAAAGAUGGCGGCCGCGGCCUCGCCGGGCUCCGGCUCGUCCAACUCCUCAGACUGGAUUGUGUUGAGAGACGGCUGCCUGCGCUGCGACGAGGAGGGCCUGCGGAGCCUCUCCUACCACCCGGCCCUGAACGCUAUCCUGGCCGUCACCAGCCGCGGCAGCAUCAAGGUGAUCGACGGCACCUCGGGCGCCAUCCUCCAGGCGUCGGCGUUGCACGCUAAACCUGGGGGUCGUGUCAGGUGUCAGUACUUCCCAGCAGUGGACAAGGUGCUUUUCGUGGACGACUAUGCAGUGGGAUGCAGGAAGGACCUGAAUGGCAUCCUGCUCCUGGACACAGCCCUCCAGCCUCCAGUGGCCAAGCCCGAGGACGUGGUUCAGCUGGAGCUGCCGGUCACGGAGGCCCAGCAGCUGCUGUCAGCCUGUCAGGAAAAGAUCGACGUGUCCAACACGGAGGGUUACGAACUCUUCAUCACUCAGCUCAAAGAAGGCCUGAAGAAUACCUCACACGAGACAGCAGCCAAUCACAAAGUGGCCAAGUGGGCGACCGUGACCUUCCACCUUCCUCACCACGUGCUGAAGCUGGUGGCCGGCGCCAUCGUCAGUGAGCUGAAGAAAAUCAACCAGAACGUAGCUGCCUUGUCUGUGGCCUCAUCCAUCAUGGACAGGCUCUCCUACCUCUUGUCAAGUGCCAGGCCUGAGCUUGGGGUGGGCCCUGGGCGCUCUGUAGACAGAUCCUUGAUGUACAGUGAGGCCAACAGGAGGGAGACGUUUACAUCGUGGCCACACGCCGGCUACAGGUGGGCUCAGCCCGACCCCAUGGCUCAAGCAGGAUUUUACCACCAGCCUGCCUCAACGGGGGACGACAGAGCCAUGUGUUUCACCUGCAGUGUGUGUCUGGUCUGUUGGGAACCAACAGAUGAGCCAUGGUCGGAACACGAGCGACAUUCUCCGAAUUGUCCAUUUGUAAAGGGCGAGCACACACAGAACGUCCCGCUGUCGGUGACGCUGGCGACCAGCCCCGCCCAGUUUCCCAACAGCCACGACAGUUCGGACAAGAUCGCCUGCUACGGCUUUGGCAGCUGCCCGCAGUUUCUGGCUGCCGCCACCAAGAGGGGCAAGAUGUGCAUCUGGGAUGUGUCCAAAAUGAUGAAGGUGCACCUGAAGUUUGACAUCAACCCGUACGACCCUGCCAUCCUGAGGCAGCUGAUCCUAUGUGGUGGCGAGCAGAGCCAGCAGAUGCUUACCGAGUCUCGGAGACCAACUCUGGCCUGGCUGGAGGAGUCGUCCUCCUGCUCGGACCUGCCCAAGCUAGAGGGAGACAGCAUCUUCUGUUCCAGUGAUGACCAGUUGGAGGAUUCAGACAGCGAUGAGCAUUCCCGAUCAGAGUCAAUAACAGGCCAGCCGUCUCAGUGGGAGAGUAUGGACGUUAGCCUCGGCGUGACGGCACUGAGUGUGCUCCAGCAGCCAGAGAAGCUCCAGUGGGAGGUGGUCGCCAGCGUGCUGGAGGACACGGUCAAGGACCUGGAGGAGCUGGGCGCCAACCCCUCACUGAACCAAGCCAAGGCCCACGGCCAGGCCAAAGCAAAGGACAAGGCCCCCGAACACCACAACAUUCCCUUCCCCUGCCUGCUGGCCGGAGGCCUGCUCAGCUAUCGCUCAACAUCCAACACUCCGCUGGCUGGCCCCCCACCCACAGCCCCGUCUACAACGCGCAGGACCACAGAAGGACCCGUAAGAACUCAGGGCCCUGAGCCCUUUCACCCUGGGCCUGUACAGGACCAGGGUCCCAUGGAGAUAGAAAUCUGCAACCCCCAGACUGCAGCCCAGCAGCAGGGCUUCUCUAAUCUCGCAGGUUCCCUGCCUCCGAGCCCCACUUCUCUGCAGGCUGUGCACAGGACUAUACCCGUGCUGCUGCUGUACAGUAUCAGAGAGGUGGACGACAAGUCCUCAGGGCAGGUGUUUGCCCAAAUGAACAACCUCAUGAGCAAGGGGCUGCACGAUGAGGGCUUCACUGUGCCACAGAUCAUCGAGAUGGAGUUUGACACUCACGAGCAGCUUCUCCUUCAGGAUCCUCCAAUCACCUACAUUCAGCAGUUUGCGGACGCAGCAACGAACCUGGCAGGGUUAGACGGUCACAUGGACAAAUGGAGCACGCUGGCCACAGCCAGUGUCUCCGCCCCGCCUCGACCCGGAGCGCUGGUGCAGUGCUUGAGGCUGCCCAAGCAGCUGGAAGAGGAGAAUCUUUAUGUGGACUCAAUCACACCCUGCUGGGACGGUGUGCACCUUCUGGUUGGCCUGCAGCCGUGCGGCGCCGAAUCUCUGAGCGCCACAAACCAAGUGGAGGCUCUCAACAAUCUCAACCGCCUGCACUCGGCCCUCUGCAGUCAGCGCAAAGGAGACCCCCUGCACCUAGUGCCCAAUGGGGUGGAAGGCCUCCACCCGGGGGAGUCACCGCCUCAGACACCCCUCAUCCUGCCCCCGGGAGACCAGCAGCAGCAGAGGUCCUCGAGCAGCGGGAGUGGAGGCGGUUAUCUUGCACUCUACAAACUCAACUACUCCACCCGUAUAGUUACCUUGGACGAGGAACCUGUGAAGGUGCAGCAGAUCUGGGACCCUUCUGAUGCAAUCACCUCUCAUAUAUUGCUCCCUCCAGAUGUGCUGGACAGCAGGGAGGACGACAGCGAAGAACCCACUGAGGAGGCUCUCCCCUCCGCUCCAAAAAAUGCCUCCCCCGGGUUUGGAAUGGGGCCGACAGGUCGCGCUGGCUCUGGAACUGGGACUGCAUGUGGAGCAGCCACAACCAGCAGCAGCAGCAGCGCUACUGUCACUGGCCCCUCCACCUCUGCCUGCAGCCCCAAAGACUGCAAGAGGUUAGAGGUGACAGGCCUCGGUCACCUGGUUGUGACCACAAGGGCCGGGUACAUUAUGAUUCUGGACCUGUCCACGUUGGAGGUCCUAGCCAAGGUGGAGCCUCCGAAGAAGGACGGGUCGGCAGAUGAGACAGACCCGUUUGUUUCAGUUACCUAUUGCUCUGGGACCGAUCGCCUUUGUGCCUGCACCAAAGGUGGAGAACUUCAUUUCCUUCAAAUUGGAGGUGUGUGUGACGAUAUAGAUGAUGGAGACAUGUUUAUAGAUGGCCCCCUUUCUAAAGGGGCUGAACUGCUGCUUGAGGGGGCCAAGGGGGUUGGUUCCUCCAACCCUUCCAGCCCAGGGAUCACAGGAGUGGACCUCCUGGUGGACCAGCCGAUGGGCACGGACAGCCUGAUGUCGCUGGUGGAGCUGACGCGCUUCGAGACACUGACCCCCCGCUUCUCGGCCACAGUGCCGCCGUGUUGGGUGGAGGUGCAGCAGGAGCAGCAGCAGCGACGCCACCCGCAGCACCUUCACCAGCAGCACCACGGAGACGCAGCCCAGCACACCCGCACCUGGAAGCUUCAGAGUGACAGCUCCAGCUGGGACGAGCACGUGUUUGAGCUGGUGCUGCCAAAGGCCUGCAUGGUGGGCCAUGUGGACUUCAAGUUUGUCCUGAAUGCCAACAUCGUCAACAUUCCCCAGGUCCAGGUCACUUUACUGAAGAACAAAUCUCCUGGGCUGGGCAAAGUCAGCGAGACGGCGGUGGACAGACAGAUCUCCUUCCCCCUCUCCAGUGUCCUCCACGCUAAUGGGGAGAAGAACGGCCAGCCGGCGCUGCACGACUUCACAGAGGACAUUCAGUUCAUGGACAUAGAGGAGACUUCAGGCUCUGUGUUGUGUCCAUUCCUAGAGGACCACAAGGAGGACAUCCUGUGUGGUCCAGUGUGGCUGGCCAGUGGCCUGGACCUCUCUGGCCACGCGGGCAUGCUCAGCCUCACCAGCCCCAAACUGGUCAAAGGCAUGGCAGGAGGGAAGUACCGCUCCUUCCUUGUUCACAUCAAAGCGGUGAGUGACAAGUGCAUGGAGGAGAGCCCCCGGCCUCUGGUUCGGAUGCCCGCAGCCAAGCCCCAGGGCACCAAGGCCCACUCACUGUCCACCCUGCUGCAACGGGCUCAGGCCUCCAAGGAGAAAGUAUCUUCAGUGAAAUCGGAGACACCGACACCCUCGAAGAAAGUAGAAAACAUGCGAGGCUGUGACUUGCUACAAGAAGUUUCAGUCACAAUCAGAAGGUUCAAAAAGACGUCGAUACCCAAAGAAAGGGUCCAACGCUGUGCCAUGCUGCAGUUCCCAGACUUCCACGAGAAGCUGCUGGACGCCCUGUGUCGGCGGGCAGAGGGGAGCCUGACAACUGAGCAUGCCCAGAGCCUCAUCCUGGACAUCCUGUGCUGGCUGGCCGGGGUUUUCACCAACGGACCCUGCAGCAUAAGGGAAGGAAAGGAGGCGCUGCUGGAGAAAUCUCGGACACGGCUAACGGAUAUCGUGCGGGUGUGUUUCUUCGAGGCCGGCCGGAGCAUAGCGCAUAAAUGUGCUCGCUUUCUUGCACUUUGUAUUAGUAAUGGAAAAGGAGACCCAAGUCAACAGGGCUUUGGUGUGAGUCUUCUCAAGUCUCUGCUGGACAAUAUGCCUUACUUGCCUGCAGCAGCAACAGGUGGCUCGGUGUUCUGGUAUUUCGUGUUGCUGAACUACGUGAAGGAGGAGGACCUGGCGGGCUGCAGCACCGCCUGCGCCUCUCUGCUCACCGCCAUCUCUCGACAGUUGCAGGACCGCCUCACCCCAUUGGAGGCUCUGCUGCAGACCAGGUACGGCCUGUACAGCUCUCCGUUUGACCCGGUGCUCUUUGACCUGGAGGUCAGUGGUUCCUCCUGUAAGAAUGCCUUCAACAGCAGCAUCGGAGUCCAGUCAGAUGAGAUCGACCUGUCUGACAUCCUGUCAGGAAAUGGGAAAGUGAGUAGCUGUGCCGCAGCAGAGGGAAGCUUCACCGCGUUAACCGGGCUCCUGGAGGUGGAGCCUUUGCACUUUACUUGUAUCUCCACCAGCGACGGCACACGUGUGGAACGAGACGAUGCAAGCAUGUUUACCGUGAGUACGUUCGGCGUGACCCCGACGGUGGGGGGCCUGUCAUCCGGAACAGUCGGCGAAGCGUCGACAGCUCUGAGUUCCGCCGCCCAGGUGGCACUUCAGUCGCUGUCCCACGCCAUGGUGUCGGCGGAGCAGCAGCUGCAGGUCCUGCAGGAGAAACAGCAGCAGCUGCUGAAGCUGCAGCAGCAGAAGGCCAAGCUGGAGGCCAAGCUGCAUCAGACCACCUCCGCAGCUGCAGCCGCCGCCUCCGGUGUGGGACCCAUCCACAACUCGGUGCCUUCCAACCCCUCCUCCACCCCAGGCUUCUUCAUUCACCCCUCUGACGUCAUUCCCCCGACGCCCAAAACCACGCCCCUCUUCAUGACCCCUCCUCUCACGCCGCCCAAUGAGGCGGUGUCGGCAGCCUUCAGCGCCGAGCUGGCUCACCUGUUCCCCGGCUCAAUGAUGGACCCUGGGCCGGUCAACCUGGCAGCACACAAGAAUACGCAGAGGUCCAAGCAGAGCCCAAUUGGCAGUGGUCUUGCUUUGGCCAUUUCCCAGGCAUCUCACUUCUUGCAGCCUCCUCCACACCAGUCCAUCAUCAUAGAACGGAUGCACUCUGGAGCUCGUCGCUUUGUCACGCUGGACUUUGGCCGUCCCGCCCUGCUGACCGAUGUUCUGAUCCCGACCUGUGGCGACCUGGCCUCUCUGUCCAUAGACAUCUGGACGCUGGGCGAGGAGGUGGACGGCCGCAGGCUGGUGGUGGCCACCGACAUCAGCACCCACUCCCUCAUUCUCCACGACCUGCUACCACCCCCUGUCUGCAGGUUCAUGAAGAUCACGGUGAUCGGUCGCUACGGCAGCACCAACGCUCGCGCAAAGAUCCCGCUGGGAUUCUACUACGGCCACACCUACAUCCUGCCAUGGGAGAGCGAGCUCAAGUUGAUGCACGAUCCUCUGCGGGGAGAGAGCGAGGCGGCCAGUCAGCCCGAUGUAGAUCAGCACUUGACCAUGAUGGUGGCGCUGCAGGAGGACAUCCAGUGCAGGUACAAUCUAGCCUGCCAUCGACUGGAGACUCUUCUGCAGAACAUUGACCUGCCGCCCCUCAACAGCGCCAACAAUGCCCAGUACUUCUUACGAAAACCAGACAAGGUGGUGGAGGAGGACCAGCGCGUUUUCUCCGCCUACCAGGACUGCAUCCAGCUGCAGCUGCAACUCAACCUGGCUCACCACGCCGUCCAGCGUCUCCGCGUGUCACUGGGCGCCAGCCGCAAGUCACUCCCCCCCACAGCUGGUGCUGUGGAGGCCCAGGAGCUGGUACUCGGCUCCUCUACGGAGCAGCUGAGGACCAUCAUCCGCUACCUGCUGGACACACUGCUUAGCCUGCUGCACUCCAACAACGGCCACUCGGUGCCCUCGGUGCUCCAGAGUACCUUCCACGCUCAGGCCUGUGAGGAGCUGUUCAAGCACCUCUGCAUCAGCGGGACGCCCAAGAUUCGCCUGCACGCCGGCCUGCUGUUGGUUCAGCUCUGUGGGGGCGAGCGCUGGUGGGGACAGUUCCUCUCCAACGUGCUGCAGGAGCUCUACAACUCUGAGCAACUGCUCAUCUUCCCCCAGGACAGGGUGUUCAUGCUCUUGUCCUGCAUUGGCCAAAGAUCCUUGAGUAACAGCGGUGUGUUGGAGGGCCUCCUGAACCUCCUAGACAACCUCCUGUCUCCCCUGCAGCAGCCACAGGCUACGGCCAUGCGCAGGACCGAAGGUGUGUUAGACAUCCCAAUGAUCAGCUGGGUGGUGAUGCUGGUUUCAAGACUGUUGGACUAUGUAGCCAGUAUAGAAGACGAGGCCUCAAACGGCAAGAAGCACCUUGGGGGAAAAGAGCGGGAGAGAUCAUUUACAGGUAUUCAGUGGAGUUUCAUCAACAACAGCCUUCAGUCGCAGAACUCCGGUAGGUCGGCUAAAAGCAGCAGCAGCCUGGACCGACUCUACUCCCGCAAGAUCCGCAAGCAGCUCGUCCACCACAAGCAGGUAAACCAGUUAAAUCUAUUGAAAGCGAAACAGAAAGCUUUGGUGGAGCAGAUCGAGAAGGAGAAGGUUCAGAGCAACAAAGGCUCCUCCUACAAGCUGCUGGUUGAACAGGCCAAGCUAAAACAAGCCACAUCCAAGCACUUUAAAGACCUGAUCCGUCUGCGACGGACGGCCGAAUGGCCCCGGUCCACACUGGACACAGAGUCCCCGACGGCCAAAGAAGCCCCAGAGGUUGAGCCUCUGCCCUUCACGCUUUCCCACGAACGCUGCAUCUCUGUGGUGCAGAAGCUGGCCCUCUUCCUCCUCUCCAUGGACUUCACCUGCCACGCUGACCUGCUGCUCUUCGUCUGCAAGGUCCUUGCCAGGAUAGCCAACGCCACAAGACCCACAAUCCACCUGUGUGAGGUGGUGUCUGAGCAUCAGCUGGAACGCCUGCUGCUCCUGCUUGUGGGCACAGAUUUCAACCGGGGGGACAUCUCCUGGGGGGGCGCGUGGGCACAAUAUUCCCUCACGUGCAUGCUACAGGACAUCCUGGCAGGCGAGCUGCUGUCUCCAAGCUCUCUGGACAUCAUGGAUGAGGUGGGGGGCGAAGAGGCUGGGGCGUCGUCCUCCGGCGCGGGGGCCGAUUCGGACGACGCCCUGCCUCAGCCGGCACCCAUUCCCCUGGUAGAGAGCAUCGACGAGGCGCUGGUACCUGAUAUCAUCGCAGGUACUGCCGCGACCUCCUCAGUAUUCCAAAGUGCUCCACCUCUGUCAUCUUUGGAAAAAGAUAAAGAGAUAGACUUUGACUUGCUACAAGACCUGAUGGAUGUUGAUAUUGAUCCUUUAGAUAUUGAUUUGGAAAAAGAUCCGCUCGCUGCCAAAGUGUUCAAGCCUAUAAGCAGCACCUGGUAUGACUACUGGGGUGCUGAUUAUGGCACAUACGGGUACAACCCGUACAUCGGAGGGGUUGGUAUCCCUGUGGCCAAACCUCCAGUCGCUGCUGAAAAGCCCGGAUCGCAGAGUCUCUCAGUCUCCGUGUCACAGGCUCUGGAUGCCCGGUUAGAAGUGGGCCUUGAGCAGCAGGCAGAACUGAUGCUCAAAAUGAUGGCGACUCUACAGGCCGAUUCCAUUCUCCAAGCCCUCACCUCAAGCUCAACCGCAGUGAGCCAGGCCUCCAAUGGCACCGACGACUCCCUGCUGCGAGCUCUCCACGGAGGAGGCUCACCUCCGGGCAGCAGCCUGAUGAUCCAGGCCUCGUCCAUCCCCAUGCUGAGUGCCUGCUUUAACAAGCUUUUCUCCAUGCUGCAGGUCCACCACGUGCAGCUGGAGUCGCUGCUGCAGCUGUGGUUGACGCUCAGUCUCAACACGUGCUCUGGUAACAGUGAAGAGACCGGCUCGGACAUCUUCAUGUUCAACGCCAGCCGAGUGCCCACCAUCCCGCUCAACCAAGCAUCCAUCAGCAGUUUCCUAACAGUGCUGGCGUGGUACCCCAACACCUCGCUGAGAACCUGGUGUUUGGUGCUGCACUCUCUCACUCUCAUGACCAACAUGUCGGCCUGCGCCUCAGGCAACGGGAUGAGCUCACAGGAAAGCACUGCACAGCAGAUGGUGUCCGAUCCCACCCUGGUUCACGUCCUGGUCCGCUUCCUGUCCGGAAGCAGCACCAACGGGACGAGCCAGCACACCUCCCAGGUGGGACCCACCGCCACCCAGGCCAUGCACGAGUUUUUGAGCCGCCUGCAGGUCCACCUGUCCUCCACCUGCCCGCAGAUGUUCAGCGAAUUCCUGCUCAAACUCAUGCACAUCCUGUCGACUGAGAGGGGUCCGUUCCAGUCAGGCCAGGGUCCGCUGGAUGCCCAGGUGAAGCUUCUGGAGUUUACUCUUGAGCAGAACUUCGAGGUGGUGUCAGUGGCAACCAUCUCCUCCGUCAUCGAGUCCAUCACGUUCUUGGUUCACCACUACAUUACCUGCUCCGAUAAGUUGGUUUCCCGCAGCGGCUCCGACAGCUCUGUGGGCGCCCGGGCUUGUUUUGGCGGCCUCUUUGCCAACAUCAUCCGUCCGGGUGACGCGAAGGCCGUCUGCGGCGAGACCACGCGCGACCAGCUGAUGUUCGACCUCCUCAAGCUGGUCAACGUGCUGGUCCAGCUGCCUCUGUCCGGAGACCGAGAGUUCAGCGGGCGGCUGCCGCCGGCCUGCAGCGGAGCGGCGGACAGCAGCGUGUCCGACGAGGAGAAAGUCUGUGGCAGUAAGGAAAGUGUGAGUGGCGGGUCCUCAUCCAGUCCGGGUCCUCCUGCCGGCGUGGCCGACCUGGUGCUCGCCAAUCAACAGAUAAUGAGCCAGAUCCUGUCAGCACUGGGCCAGUGCAACAGCAGUGCCAUGGCCAUGAUCAUAGGAGCCAGUGGUCUCCACCUGACCAAACAUGAGAACUUCCACGGGGGUCUGGAUGCGAUCUCGGUGGGCGACGGCCUCUUCACCAUCCUCACCACCCUCAGCAAGAGGGCCACCUCGGUCCAGGUCAUGCUGCAGCCCAUCCUCACGUACAUGGCCUGCGGAUACAUGGGGAGACAGGGGUCUCUUUCCACAUGUCAGCUGUCCGAACCUCUUCUGUGGUUCAUCCUCCGAGUGUUGGACACCAGCGAGGCUCUCAAGGCUUUCCACGACAUGGGUGGUGUACAGUUGAUCUGCAACAAUAUGGUGACCAGCACCCGGGCCAUUGUGAACACAGCCCGCAGCAUGGUGUCCACCAUCAUGAAGUUCUUGGAUUCCGGCCCCGGAAAGGGAGCGGAUGGCAACCUCAAAGCCAGAGUGAUGACCUCGGAGCCAGACAACGCAGAGGGACUCCACAACUUUGCCCCUUUAGGCACAAUCACAUCCAGCAGCCCCACAGCGCAGCCUGCAGAGGUCCUCCUUCAGGCCACGCCGCCCCACCGCCGGGCUCGAUCAGCAGCCUGGUCCUACAUCUUCCUGCCGGAGGAGGCCUGGUGUGACCUCACCAUACACCUCCCUGCUGCCGUGCUGCUGAAGGAGCUCCACAUCCAGCCACACCUCGCUUCUCUAGCCACCUGCCCUUCCUCCGUCUCAGUGGAGAUCAGCGCGGACGGGGUCAACAUGUUGCCCCUCUCCACGCCAGUCAUCACGAGCGGCCUGACGUACAUAAAGAUCCAGCUGGUGAAAGCGGAGGUUGCCUCGGCCGUCUGCCUGAGGCUGCACCGGCCUCGGGAUGCCAGCACCCUGGGUCUGUCUCAGAUUAAACUCUUGGGCCUCACAGCGUUCGGUAACACCUCCUCUGCCACCGUCAACAACCCCUUCCUGCCCUCUGAGGACCAGGUCUCUAAAACCAGCAUUGGGUGGCUGCGUCUUCUCCACCAUUGCCUGACGCAUGUCAGCGACCUGGAAGCCAUGAUGGCCAGUGCUGCGGCGCCCACCGCCAACCUGCUGCAGACCUGCGCGGCGCUCCUCAUGUCGCCAUACUGCGGCAUGCACUCGCCCAACAUCGAGGCCGUGCUCGUCAAGAUCGGCCUGCAGUCGACUCGCAUCGGACUCAAACUCAUCGACAUUCUGCUGAGGAACUGUGCCGCCUCCGGCACAGACCCUGCCAAUCUGAACAGUCCCCUGCUGUUUGGACGACUCAACGGUCUCUCCUCAGACUCCACCAUCGACAUUCUGUACCAGCUGGGCACCACACAGGAUGCUGGAACCAAAGACAGGAUCCAGGCUCUGCUCGAGUGGGUCCACGACUCCUCGCGCGUGGCGGCCCACAAGAUGAGCGGCCCCCUGGGAUACGCCGGCUCUUCCUCUGCCUCUCUGAGGGAGUAUGGCCUCCUCAUGCCUUCACCCUCCCACCUCCACUGUGUGGCGGCCAUCCUGUGGCACAGCUACGAGCUUCCUGUUGACUACGACCUCCCUGCACUGCUCAACAGAGAGCUCUUUGAGCUGCUGUACAACUGGUCCAUGUCAUUGCCAUGCAACAUUGUGUUGAAAAAGGCCGUGGACAGCCUGCUGUGCUCCAUGUGUCACAUCCACCCCAGCUACUUCUCCCUGCUCAUGUCCUGGAUGGAGAUCGUGUCGGUGUCCAACGCCAGCCACUCUCAAGCCCAGCACUGCCGCCUCGCCAUGACCGACGACGGCAAGAAGCAACACGACGCCAACACCAGUGCCUCGGGACUCACGGACGACUCCAAGCACGCGAGGUGCCCCACCAAUCUGUCCGAGUCCCAGUUGACCACGCUGGCGGCUGCCUCCCAGUCCCCAGGCGCCAUAGAGCAGCUGCUGGACUCGGGCCUACCCUCGCUGCUCGUCCGCAGCCUGGCCCAGUUCUGUGUAGGGCUCCUGGCCAGCAACGACCUCCCCCUGCCCGCCGCUCAGGUCGAGAGAAGACACCACCACCACUACCACUCGUCUUCCUCCUCCUCCUCCUCAUCCUCACACAGUCGACCACCUCUGGCCCCGGAGCUGGCUGCACCGGUGCUGCGCUUCCUCAUAGAAGUAGGCAACAGUCACGCCAUGAAAGACUGGCUGGGCGGGCCCGAGGUCAACCCUCUGUGGACGGCGCUGCUUUUCCUGCUGUGCCACUCCAGUGCCAGUGCCGGUGCCAACGCGGGCUGUCAGCCUCUGAGCUCUGGAUCCGCAGCAGCUCCGUCUCCUCCAUCCCAGCCUCAGUAUUCAGGGUCACGCUUCUCUCUGGCGUCCUCUGGACAAGCAGGAGGGCUCACCACCCAGCAGAGGACGGCUCUGGAGAACGCCACUGUGGCCUUCUUUCUCCAGUGUAUCUCUUGCCACCCGAACAACCAGCGGCUCAUGGCGCAGGUUCUCUGUGAGCUUUUCCAGUCUGCACCUCAGCGAGGCAACGUGCCGAUCUCUGGAAACAUCUCAGGCUUCAUUCGACGGCUCUUCCUGCAGCUCAUGCUGGAGGACGAGAAGGUCACAGUCUUCCUGCAGUCUCCCUGUCCGUUAUACAAAGGACGCAUCAAUGCUACAAGCCACAUGAUCCAGCAUCCCAUGUAUGGAGCAGGUCACAAGUACCGCACCCUCAACCUGCCCAUCUCCACCACGCUGGCUGAGGUCCUGGACCGGGUGUCGGACACACCCAGCAUCACAGCCAAGCUGAUCAACGAGCAGAAGGAGGACAAGGAGAAGAAGAACCACGAGGAGAGGGAGAAGAUGAAAGCAGACAGCGGCUUCCAAGACAACUACAGCGUUGUUGUGGCCUCAGGCUUAAAGUCCCAGUCCAAACGGGCUCUUUCAACCCCUCCCCGACCUCCGUCAAGGAGGGGUCGCGUGAUGAGUGACAAGUUGACUGCUUCAUCCGGUGUGGACCCCUCAGCCAAAACCAUCAGUGUGCCUGUCUUCCAUCUCUACCACAAGCUGCUACCAGGUCAGCCCCUUCCGCCUGAGAUGACCCUGGCCCAGCUGCUGACGCUCCUGCACGACCGGAAGCAGCCGCAAGGCUACCAGUCCAUCAACCUGACAGUCAAACUGGGCUCCAAGGUCAUCUCCGACCCUGGCCUCUCCAAGACGGACUCCUUCAAGAGGCUACGCACUGAAAAAGGUCCUCUCUUUGCCCUACUUGCAGUGGACCACUGUGACACGCUGAACAGCUGUCCCGAGGACGAGCCCAUGAUGGCCGGUGAAGAAUGUCUGGACGCCGCCACCGACGAGUCCCUGCUGGAGACCAACCCCAUCCAGUCGCCGCUGCAGGUCUUCGCGGGCAUGGGUGGCCUGGCCCUCAUCGCGGAGAGGCUUCCGAUGCUCUACCCCGAUGUUAUUCAGCAGGUCAGCGCCCCAGUGGUGCCCUCGGCCACACAGGAGAAGCCCAAGGACAGCGACCAGUUUGAGUGGGUGACCAUCGAGCAGUCGGGCGAGUUGGUGUACGAGGCGCCGGAGUCCAUCGCCACCGAACCGCCGCCCAUAAACAAGCAGCAGUCCCAGUCGUCCUCGUCGUCCUCGUCCUCGGUGCAGACCAUGUCACCCAUCCCCGCCCACUCGCUGGCGGCCUUCGGUCUGUUUCUGCGCCUGCCGGGCUACGCGGAAGUCCUGCUGAAGGAGAGGAAGCACGCGCAGUGUCUGCUGCGCCUGGUGCUGGGAGUCACCGACGACGGAGAGGGCAGUCAUAUUCUGCAAUCUCCGUCAGCCAACGUGCUGCCCACGCUGCCGUUCCACGUCCUGCGCGCGUUGUUCAGCAGCACUCCCCUCACCACCGACGACGGCGUGCUCCUGCGCCGCAUGGCUCUGGAGAUCGGCGCCAUCCACCUCAUCCUGGCUUGUCUGUCGGCUCUGAGCCACCACGCCCCCCGCAACCCCAACGCCAGCACCAGUGUCUCUGAGCCGCAGAUGUCCAGUUGUCACGGCGCAGGGACCAGUGAGGAGCAGCAGUUGUACUGGGCCAAAGGAACUGGUUUUGGCACCGGAUCCACCGCCUCCGGCUGGGACGUGGAGCAGGCCCUCACCAAACAGAGGCUGGAAGAGGAACACGUCACCUGUCUUCUUCAGGUCUUGGCAAGCUACAUCAACCCAGCGGGCUCUUGUAGCUGCCCCAGCGCCGAUGCCUCUUCAGCAGACGGUAGAACCCACAACAGCUCAGCGCUGCCAGCGGUGCUGCAAGAGCUGCUGAGCCAGUCCUGCCUCAUCCCUGCCAUGUCCUCCUACCUACGCAACGACUCAGUUCUGGAUAUGGCACGCCAUGUGCCUUUAUACCGGGCGCUGCUGGAGCUGCUGAGAGCCAUCUCCACCUGCACAGCACUGGUCCCUCUGCUGCUGCCCCUGUCCGGAGACCCGGGGCAGGACGAGGAGGAGGAGGAUGACGAACACUCCGAGGGACAGACCUCUGUUGGCAUGCUGCUGGCCAAGAUGAAGACAUGCGUGGACACAUACACCAAUCGCCUCAGGUCAAAGAAAGAUAAGAGUAAAGGCGUGAUGAAGACGGAUACCUCCGAUCCAGAGCCCGAGGGUUUGACUCUGCUGGUGCCUGACAUCCAGAGGACAGCUGAGAUAGUCUACACCGCUACAACCACCCUGCGACAGGCCAAUCAGGAGAGGAAGCUGGUGGAGUCUUCAAGGAAGGUGUCAAGCCGUCCCAAGCCCCUCUCCAUCCUGCGCUCGCUAGAGGAGAAAUAUGUAGCUGCCAUGAAGAAGCUGCAGUUCGACACCUUUGAAAUGGUUUCCGAGGACGAGGAUGGGAAGCUCAUGUUCAAGGUGAACUACCACUACAUGUCUCAGGUGAAGAACGCCAGCGACACGAACAGCGCGGCCCGAUCCCGCCGCCUCGCCCAGGAGGCCGUCACCCUGUCCACCUCCCUGCCGCUGUCGUCCUCGUCCAGCGUCUUCGUCCGCUGCGACGAGGAGAGGCUGGACAUCAUGAAGGUUCUCAUCACAGGUCCAGCCGACACCCCGUACGCCAACGGCUGCUUCGAGUUCGAUGUGUACUUUCCCCAAGACUAUCCCAACUCGCCUCCGCUGGUCAACCUGGAGACUACGGGCGGACACAGCGUGCGCUUUAACCCUAACCUCUACAAUGACGGCAAAGUGUGUUUAAGUAUCCUCAACACGUGGCACGGGAGACCAGAGGAGAAAUGGAACCCACAGACCUCAAGCUUUCUACAGGUGCUAGUGUCGGUGCAGUCCCUCAUCCUGGUGGCUGAGCCCUACUUCAACGAACCGGGCUACGAGCGUUCCCGCGGGACACCCAGCGGCACCCAGAGCUCGCGGGAGUACGACGGCAACAUCCGGCAGGCCACCGUCAAGUGGGCCAUGCUGGAGCAGAUGCGCAACCCCUCGCCGUGCUUCAAAGAGGUGAUCCACAAGCACUUCUACCUGAAGCGAACGGAGAUCAUGUCUCAGUGCGAGGAGUGGAUCGCCGACAUCCAGCAGUACAGCAGCGACAAGAGGGUCGGCCGCACCAUGUCCCACCACGCCGCGGCACUGAAGAGACACACGGCUCAGCUGCGAGAGGAGUUCCUGAAGCUGCCGUGCCCCGACGGCCUCGAGCCCGACGGCGACGAGUUCUCCGAGAAGAGCGCCGCCCUCGUCCUCAAGGAGCUGCCCGGUCAGGACGCGGAGAAGCCCGGCAGCAGCCAGGACAGCCACUGCAGCGAGGGCCAGCUAUGAGUCCCCCGCCUCCCCCCCACCCCAACCCCCCUGCUCCCCUCCCCACCUCCUCCCCUCUCCCCUCCCAGCAUCUCCGACCCUUCCCCGCUCCUCCUCCUCCUCCUCAUCAUUAUUACUCUUGAAAAGACUCGAUGGCUUCCGAGCACAAGCCACCACUUUGUCAAUAUUUGUAUGUAAAGAUCUAAUGGCAGGAAAAGCAUAGAACGAGGGGACGCGGGGGGGCGGACGACAACCAGACGAACUCCGAACUAUGCUACGCCCAUAUUGAAAACAGUCGACAAAAACUUUUAUUUACCUGUAAAAGAGUGUAAACAUUUUGUGCUUUUUUUCCAAUUGUGAAAUAACCACUGAUUGGUAUGUUAUUAAAACUUGUUUAUGUAUACAUAAUUGAAGAGGAAAAUUACAGAUUAUAUAAGGGAGAGACCUUUAGAGAAGAAUGUUUACUGAAUGUUUAUUUCCUUCUUUUUUCUUUUUUUUUUUGACUGUCAGAGUGAGAAACAGUUGUAACCAAGGAUAUACUGGUCACUCUUUAAGGAAACUAUUUAAAAAAAACAAAAACAAGAGCGAGAAAAAGAAAACGCAAAGUACUAGAAUCUGCAAGAAAAAAAAGCCCCUCUGCUCAUCCAUUGCUUCAUUUGAUUUUUUCUCGAGGAUCACAUCCACUUGAAUAAAGGCUGACGUGGACGUU